CGCUUGUGACUCAGUGAAGUUAAUUACGAACAGCUUGUAUAAAUCCACAAAAGUUUUCCUCUCACAGUCCGAUGAACUCCCUAAAGUCCGCCUAUGACUCGCUCCACAAAGAGGAGGGGGUUGAAGAGAAAACCUUGGAAAAAAUCAAUAGCGAUACAAAUCUCAAAUACCGAGAUGUCGCCGGUGCUAAACCCACUAAAGCCAUAUUGGCUCCCAAUUGGGUUUAUGGAACCACUUCACCAAGGCGCCCUACUUCCUCGGUGGGAUCUGGACUUCUUUUGGCCUCCAACGGCCAUAUAGCUGUUCCUCUGCCUGAAGUGAUACAAAACUACUUAUAUCCGAUAUCACCAACUUUGCAACAGAAGAUCCUCAAGUACAGAACGAAUUUAUCGCAGUUGAUGACUUCCCUGUUAGACUCGCUGACAGCUGACAGGCCGUUGUUGGUGCUUGUCGGUCCAAGUGCCAUCAAAAACUCCAAUCAGAUCAAAGCAUGCUCCCAGUGGAUCGGUACUUUGUUGGGCAAAAGAUUUCAGUAUACACCUACCCAAUGUGCUUCUGAAGUCCAGCAAAUCUUCAAUUCCACUUACAAACCGGCAAACUUAAUGUUGUCUAUGAGAGCAAACUUAUCUCAGUACACCACUCCAUAUGCUGAGUUUGACCAGAUCCAGUCAUUCGCUGGCAGUGUAAGUACUUUUGAGGUCAGUCAUGGAAUGCCCUACUGUCGAGCCUUGUUGGACGAUUUGUGUGAAAUCUGUCCGAUUGUGGGAGAUAUUAGUGAUACCCUUACGCCUCAGUAUUUAUCUGACUUGUUCUGUUACGGGCUCGUAAGUUCAACAUUAAUUGAAUCUCAGUUGCAUCGUGAAUUGGUGUCUGGUGUAUCAUUUCCUGUGGGGUUCAGCACCUCAGACUCCAACCUUUCUUUCGAUAAACUCAUGUAUAAACACAAACUUCAGUCGGGCUUGGAUGCGAUGUUUGCAAGUACUCAACCGCAUCAGUUCUUGUCUGUCACCAAAUUGGGAACUGCUACGGUGGUGGGAACUACAGGAAACGAUGAGACGUUUAUCUUGGUGGAAGUUAAUACCGAUCUAACUCUUGAAGACGUCCAAGAGUGUAUUGAUAAGGUGUAUUCCGAUAAGCCGUUGCGUCUCCACUAUCCUAGAAUCAUGUUAGAUGUGGGAAAGCUUUCAGCCGAUGAUUAUGAUCACAAGUUGGAUGUGGUGGCUACGCUUCUAAGCUCACUGUCUUAUUAUAAAAGUACUAUUCUUGGGGUGGUUGUUGAUAGUGGUGACGACUACGUUCCAACCUCGUACAAAUCAGAUUUGACCCAAACCGGUUUUGCUGCUGCCUCCGAUGACAAUGCAAACCAUGACGAAGGUUUUGAAGAAAUGAAACGGUACUUUACAAGAAAUCUGCUAGGGUCUACUGACACUGUUUCUUAUGAUGAAUCAAUGCAGGAAUCAUCGUUCGAGUACUUCAUCAAUGCAAAUAAAUUUAUUUCCCAGUUGGAUAAACUAAAGUCUCAAAACAGUUAUAGCUAACUAAAACAACAAAAACUUGAUAAUUUUCCACACCAACUUAAACCAAAAUAACACAAACUUGUAAAUAUUGGCUACUAUCCAGAUAACCCGUAAUACAAUAACGAUAAAGUUUUCUAGUAACAUGUAUACUAUUCUGUAGUUGCCCGAUUCGUUCAUAGAUAUUUUCUGGUUUUGGUGCAAGUCUAGUUUUCCCACAAAGUUGUUGCCGAAAAGCGAGUUGUUCAAUCGGUCGAGCUUUUCGUCGACUUUUCUGAGCUCUAGUGAUAGCGAAGUGUUUAUCUCAGCAAGUAAACGAUCACUGCUAGUAAGCAAGUUGUCGAUUUUGAUGGAAUAAUCGUCAUUAAUGAUGAGGGUCAAUGACUUGAUUUCGUUCAAAAUCGUUGAGCAUUGCAAGUCGUACGUAGGAAUCGUAUCAUCGUUGAUAUCCACCAUCAAUUGAUUUAACCGGGGUAUCGUAGUGUUGGUUAAUUCGUCAAUUCUGGAGCACGCAGACUCAAAGAGCUGUGGGUAUAUGUUUGCAAGAAAAUGCAACUUUACAAUGGUAGAGUUUCUGAAGAAUCUCUGGUUAUUGGAAAUCUUU